AUGAUACAAUACUAUUCUAGAGAUUAAGUAAAUGAAAUUCUAGCUAAGAAUAAAGAAGCAGCUAAAUAAGAAUUUGAUAGUAUUAAAUAUGUCGAAAAUAAAAAAAAGCAACGCCUAACUCCAAAAGAACUAGAAUAAAUGCUACCUAAAGUGAAACCUAAAGAGCAAAUAUUUGAGGAAAUGAAAUAAAAUUUUAAAAAUUCAUGGAAAAGUCCCGGAUAUAUAAAUGAUGAGUUUAGUCAUGUGCCUGUUUUGAAAGCUAAUGUUUUAAAUACUUGGUAGUAUGACCGUAUAAAUUUGGCUGAAAGAUCAUAUAAAUAUCCAAAAGGCUAUAGAGGUUUCAAAGUUCCAGUUCAUGGAUCUAAUUUUGGUGAAGCAUCGAAAGAUCACUUACCUGAAAAAUUUUAAAAAUAUUUAGAUGAUUUCUCUUUGAAAUAUUAAGAGUUUAAGAUGAGGCCAUCUAAAUAUGGAAAAUUACCAAUCGAUGAAAGAACUGAAACAUUUUAAAAUAGAAGAAAAGAACCUUUCAAAUUAACUAAUUCUAAAUAAGCUAACAAUUUUGGAUAUGAUAAACACUCUACUUGGGAAACAGAAUUAAAAACUAUAACAGGUCCUAAUAGGACAAUUCUAUCUACAAAAUAUUAAACUAAAUCAUCUUAAAAUUGA